GAGUACCGAUGCCGAAUGAGUCGUGUACUGGGCUGCGUAAGCCCUGAUGAGCUUCGUGGUCUGGAUAACCGAGCUCACCAUCUGAAAACUGAACUCACUGCCGCCGGUAAUUUAGAUGCAGAUAUUGACAGACUGCGGAGCACACUGACUGGUCUCGAGGAGCAGCUGGAGCAGGAAACUUCGGCACAUGCUCGCAUUGAACGCCAAAGGGAACAACUUGAGGUAAGUGAGAAUCGCAGAUUUAGCGUCUUAAUGUCAAUGUCAAGAACGAGACGGCUUUAA